AUGGUUUUCUGUUUUAUCUUGUUUUUUACUCUAGGGUUUUUCUUACUCUUUUUCUUUUUCUAUUUCAUGCAAGAAUUGCACUAUUUUUUCACCAAGAAAUCGGCUUUUGCUUCCAAUACUGGGCCUCCUUCGUAUCCGUUUCUUGGCUGUCUCAUCUCUUUUUACAAGAACCGCUGUCGGUUGUUGGAUUGGUACACUGAUCUUUUGUCCGAGUCUCCUUGCCAGACCAUCGUGGUGAGUCGGCUCGGUGCACGCCGUACGGUCGUCACAGCCAACCCGGCUAAUGUCGAGCACAUGCUCAAGACCAACUUCAAUAAUUUCCCUAAAGGAAAGCCUUUCACUGAAAUCCUUGGUGAUCUUCUCGGUUAUGGGAUAUUUAAUGUGGAUGGGGAGUUGUGGAGAACUCAAAGGAAGGUGGCCGGCUAUGAGUUUAGCACAAAGUCUUUGAGAGAAUUCGUGGUGAAAACCCUUCAAGAAGAGGUCGAAAAUCGGCUGUUACCGUUGCUUGAAGAAGCAAUGGAGAUUGAGAAAGUUAUUGAUUUGCAAGACGUAUUGAAAAGAUUUGCAUUCGAUACUGUUUGUAGAGUAUCAUUGGGUCAUGACCCUUGUUGCUUGGAUCUUUCAAAACCAGUUCCGCGUCUCGUUAAGGCAUUUGAUAGCGCAACAGAGACAAGCGCCAUGCGAGGAAUGGCGCCCAUGUCCGUGGUAUGGAAAACAAAGAGAACCCUUAACAUUGGGUCAGAGAAGAAACUGAAGGAAGCAAUUGAACUCGUCCAUGGCUGCGUUUUGGAGAUCAUACAAAACAAAAAGAGAGCUCUAGAAGCAGAAACCAAAUGCAGUGGCGACGCUGAAGAUCUUUUGUCUCGGUUGUUAUCAACUGGUCACGACGAGGAAGUAGUAAGAGAUAUGGUGAUUAGCUUCAUCUUGGCUGGAAAAGACACGACUUCCUCAGCAAUGACGUGGCUCUUUUGGCUGCUUUCUGAGCAUCAAAACGCAGAGGAAAUGGUGGUGAAAGAAAUCGAAUCAAUGCUUGGCAAUGGCGAAAAAGGAUUGGAUUUCGGAGUGUUGAAGGAAAUGAAUUGCGUCAAAGCUUGUUUAUGCGAGUCAAUGAGGCUUUACCCUCCGGUGGCAUGGGACUCCAAGCACGCUUUAAACGACGACGUUUUGCCUGACGGGACUGUCGUCCGGAAAGGAGACAGAGUGACCUAUUUCCCCUACGGAAUGGGGAGGAUGGAGGAGUUGUGGGGGAAAGACUGGUUCGAGUUUAAACCGGACCGGUGGUUCCAGGAACCUUGUGCAGAAAACGGGUUGCUAAAGCCCGUGAGCCCUUUCAAGUUUCCAGUGUUUCAGGCCGGUCCAAGAGUUUGCCUUGGGAAAGAAAUGGCGUUUAUUCAGAUGAAGUAUGUGGUGGCUUCCAUACUGAGACGGUUCGAGAUCAGACCGCUCCGCCGGGACCAACCUGGUUUUGUUCCUCACUUAACCUCUCAUAUGGCCGGCGGGCUCAAGGUGUUGGUAAGGAGAAGGGUAUUCAAAAAUAGUGAGACAUUGUCUUAA